UGAAUUGUUGUGAUUGUGAACUGGAAAGUUUGGAUGCGCUGUGCUUCGUUAAGCCUGGCUGCUCCGCGGUCUCUGCAUGUAUGACUGACUAGCUGCGCAAAGCUGAACUGAUUGAUCUCUGUUGUACGGAGACGGCCCCCGGUGGGUCGAGUCAAUCGACUGUCUGCAAACUCGUGAUGCGCCUGCUUGUGGAUGAAACUGUUUAUGCGCAGUGGCUGUUUGGAAGCUUGGACCACCGUGAUGACAAGGAACAUCCCCCAUCGACAAUAGAAAUACGACGCAGAAACGUUCCCAUUUGGUUGGAUCCCAAUCUUGUUCCCCUCAAGGACACCACCUUAAGACCACCUCCUCGUCGUCUUACUAUAGCUCCUGUACGGCCAGCAAGCACAAGAAGUCUUGCGCGAUGUCCGCACCAGGAGACGCUCAGCCCAGUGGCAGGGUUGUUGGCGGCGGCGCCCCCGGCGCCAUGGGAGAUGAGAGCAGAGCUGUCUCUACGCCAAACAACAGCGAUGACGGCAUCAACGUCGAGCAGGCAAAGCGUCAAUUCGACGAGCUCGAGAAACAACUUGCGCAAGAGAGCGAAAAAUUCCUCGCCGAGACGGGCGGCAGCGAUAUUGAAAAGAAUGGCUCCGACGCCGAGGUGUUCAACCUCCGGGAGUGGCUCGCUGGAGCUGAGGAGAAAGGCCGCGAAGCUGGCAUGAAACGCAAGUCGCUCGGUGUCAGCUGGGGUGAUUUGGGCGUCAUCGGAGCCGCAUCGGUGGCUCUGAACGUUCCGACGAUCCCGUCCAUGGCGCUUUUUGAGAUCAUCGGUCCCAUCUUCGGCAUUUUGAAGAUGGUUGGCAUCAACCUGAUGAAGCCCAAGACGCGUCACUUGCUCGAGGGGUUUUCCGGCGUCGCUCGACCAGGCGAGAUGGUCCUCGUCCUUGGCCGUCCCGGCGCAGGCUGCAGCACUUUCCUCAAAACGAUCGCCAAUCAGCGCACUGGCUUCAUCGACACAGAGGGCGAUGUCCAUUACGGCGGCAUCAGUGCCCAGGAUAUGAGCAAGCGCUACCGUGGCGAAGUCACGUACUGCGAGGAGGACGACAUGCACCACGCGACACUGACCGUGCAGCGAACGAUCGACUUUGCCUUGCGCGUCAAACAAACCAGCCAGAAAUUCCCAGAUAGCACGCGCAAGACGUUCCGAAAAACGAUUCGCGACGCUUUGCUGCAGAUGUUUAACAUUCCUCACACCAAGCACACACUUGUUGGCAGCCCAACUGUGCGAGGAGUUUCUGGCGGUGAGCGCAAGCGCGUCUCAAUCAUCGAGGCCCUCGCUACCGGCGCCUCGGUCCUGUGCUGGGACAAUGCCACGCGCGGUCUCGACGCGUCUACCGCGCUCGACUACGCCAAGGCAAUCCGCGUGCUCACAGAUGUCAUGGGGACCACCUCGUUCCUCACGGCGUACCAGGCAUCCGAGGGUAUUUGGGAGCAGUGCGACAAGGUCAUUAUCAUCGAUGAAGGCCGCUGCGUCUACUUUGGUCCACGCGCCGAGGCGCGUCAGUACUUUAUCAACCUUGGCUUUGGCGACCGUCCGCGCCAGACGUCGGCUGACUAUGUGACAGGCUGCACGGACAGGUACGAGCGCAUCUUCCAGGAGGGCCGCAGCGAGGCUGACGUGCCCACUUCGCCCGAGGAGCUCGAGAAGGCCUACCGCGCCAGCCGCUUCUUCCAGGAGGCCAUGGACGAAAAAGCGCAGUUCGAUAAGGCCGUGCAGGCCGAGGAGAAGGAGCGCGCAGAUGAAUUCAGGGUGGCCGUCAUGGAGCAGAAACACCCUGGCACUGGCAGGAAGAGCCAGUACACCGUCUCGUUUGCCCAGCAAGUCUACGCGCUCUGGCUCCGCCAGAUGCAGAUGAUCAUCGGCGAUAAGUUUGACAUUUGUAUGUCCUACAUUACCUCCAUCGUCAUCGCCCUCUUGGCUGGCGGCCUCUUCUUUGAACUGCCCACCAACUCGGCAGGCCUCUUCACUCGCGGCGGUGUCCUCUUCAUCUUGCUCCUUUUUAACGCGCUUAGUGCAUUUGCCGAAUUGCCAAGCCAAAUGCUAGGACGGCCGAUCCUCGCUCGACAGGCUUCUUUCGCAUUUUAUCGUCCCUCAGCUUUGAUGGUUGCACAACUCCUCGCGGACUUCCCAUUCGGCAUUCCCCGCGCGACGCUGUUUGUCAUCAUCCUCUACUUUAUGGCUGGUUUGCACCGCUCUGCAGGCGCCUUCUUCACGGCUUGGCUCAUCGUGCUAGUGUCUUAUUACGCCUUCCGAGCGCUGUUCUCGCUCUUCGGCACGAUCACGCGCAACUUCUUCUCUGCGGCUCGUCUCGCGGCGUCUGUCAUGGCCGCGCUCACGCUCUGGGCAGGCUACGUGGUUCCGCAAGCGGCAAUGGCAAGGUGGCUCUUCUGGAUCAGCUAUAUUAAUCCUAUUUUCUACGCAUUUGAAGGUAUGAUGAUCAACGAGUUCCAACACACCAACUUCACGUGCGAUGGUGCGCAGGUGCUUCCCAGCGGCCCUAACUACCCAAGCGGUAUCGGCCCAAAUCAGGUAUGCACCGUCGCAGGUGCUAAGCCCGGGUCCGACAUUAUCGUCGGUCUCGACUACCUGCGAGUGGCGUUCGGAUACGAAAAGGCGCAUCUCUGGCGCAAUGUCGGCAUCCUCUUCGCCUUCCUCAUUGGCCUCAUCGUCAUCACUUGCGCCGCGAUUGAGCUGAUGGACCAAGGCGCAUUCGCAUCGGCCAUGACUGUCAAGAAGGUGCCGAGCGAGGAAGAGAAGGCGCUCAACAAGCGGCUUGAGGACCGGCGCAGUGAUAUUGCUAACAAGGUCGAUACGAAGCUCGAAGUCCACGGACAGUCGUUCACCUGGUCCAAGCUCAAUUACACGGUGCCGGUCAAAGGCGGCCAAAAGCAGCUGCUUGACAAUGUCGACGGCUUUGUCGUGCCCGGCACCAUGACUGCACUCAUGGGUUCCUCGGGUGCGGGGAAGACGACGCUGUUGGACGUUCUUGCGGACCGCAAGAAUAUUGGUGUCAUCAAGGGCGACCGUCUGAUCGAGGGCAAGAAUAUCGACACUUCGUUCCAGCGUCAGUGCGGCUACGCGGAGCAGCAGGACAUCCACGAGCCGAUGUGCUCGGUGCGCGAAGCGCUGCGCUUCAGCGCGUACCUGCGCCAGCCAUACCACGUGCCCAAGGAGGAGAAGGACCGGUACGUCGAGGAGAUCAUUGAGCUGCUCGAGCUGUCGGACCUCGCGGACGCGAUCAUUGGCUACCCUGGAUUUGGCCUCGGCGUUGGAGACCGCAAGCGCGUGACGAUCGGCGUCGAGCUGGCGGCUAAGCCGGAGAUGCUGCUGUUCCUGGACGAGCCGACCAGUGGCCUCGACGGGCAGUCGGCGUUUACGAUUGUGCGUGUACUCAAGAAGCUGUGCGAUGCUGGCCAGACGAUUCUGUGCACCAUCCACCAGCCCAGUGCGCUGCUGUUCGAGACGUUUGAUCGUCUGCUGCUGCUUGAGCGCGGAGGUCGGACGGUGUACUUCGGGCCGAUUGGCAAGGAUGGCAAGCAGGUGAUCGACUACUUUGCGGCGCGGGGCGCGCAGUGCCCGGCUACGACGAACCCGGCCGAGUACAUGUUGGACGCGAUCGGCGCGGGGAGCCAGCCGCGGGUCGGGAGCAAGGACUGGGCGGACCACUACCUGGAGUCAGAGUUGUAUCAGGAGAACCUGCGGCGGAUCGACGAGAUCAACGCUGCAGGGCGCGGCAAGCCAACGCCGGAGGACCGGCGGACGGAGUACGCGACGCCGUGGAUGGUCCAGUUCAAGGUCGUGCUGGAUCGGACAAUGCUGUCAACGUGGCGCCAACCAGCGUAUCAGUACACACGUGUGUUCCAACACCUGAUGUUUGCGCUCCUGACCGGCCUGCUAUUCCUUCAGCUCGGCGACAAUCUCAGCUCGCUGCAGUACCGCGUCUUUGUCAUCUUCAUGCUCGCAAUCAUUCCCGCCAUCAUCCUCGCACAGAUUAUGCCCUUCUGGAUCACCAACCGGUCCGUCUGGAUCCGCGAGGAGACGAGCAAGACGUUCUCAGGCACGGUGUUUGCAGUGACGCAGAUCAUCAGCGAGCUGCCGUACGCGCUGGUGUGCUCGGUUAUCUUUUUUGUGCUACUCUACUAUCUGACAGGCUUUAACACGUCGUCAGACCGUGCGGCCUACUUCUUUAUCAUGGUCUUCAUCGUCGAGCUGUGGGCAAUCACGACAGGCAGUGCGGUCGCGUCGUUCAGCAAGAGCAUCUACUUUAGCACGCUGUUUGUGCCGUUCAUCAUCGUGAUCCUGACACUAACGUGCGGCGUGCUGAGCCCACCGCAGGCGAUGUCGAACUCGCUGUACUCAAAGUUCUUCUACAACCUCAACCCAAUGCGCUUUGCAAUCAGCCCGCUGAUCGCGAACGAGUUCCACGGGCUGCAGUUGCGCUGCAGCGCGAGCGAGCUGAUCCCGUUCACGCCACCAGCAGGGCAGACGUGUGCGCAGUGGGCGGCGCCGUACAUUGCCAUGGCGGGAGGCUACCUGCAGCAGCCGGACGCGCGAGACGUGUGCCGCUACUGCACCUUCUCCAGCGGUGACGAGUUCAUGGUGCCAUUUGGGAUUCAUUUCAGCGAGCGCGGCCGGGACGCGGGCAUCAUGAUCGCGUUCAUCGCUUUCAACACUGUCGUCACGAUGCUGUGCACCAAGUACCUGCGCUUCUCGAACCGCUGAACAUGUUGACGAGCCCAGGCAUGGUUGCGUGCCAAUGCCCGGCGCGCCCCGCCCCGGCCCCGCAGGGGUGGAGAAGGGUCCGGGCUCUGUUGCUGGUCACCAUCACUACGUGCACCACAUCACACCACGAUACAUACACGCGUUUCCGCGCCAUCCUACGCGACACCCCUUUGAAUAAAAGGACCAUCUGGUACCGACUCGCAUUGUGUUUUGUUGCGCUGCUUGCAUGUAUACUUGGCGCGCUCUUGUUUGACAUGUAGAAGACCGGUUUCUGUCUCGUGCAAUCCAUAUCCAGGUUACGAUCCAAUGCAAAUGCAAAG